AACAGAGGUGGUAGUAAUUCAAGCACGCACCCUGUGUUCUCUGUUCCCUCACAUACACUCUGGAAGAGGGUCUGGGAGAGCACGCGGCAUGGAGGAACCGUCCUGUCUUAGCACUGUGGAGAGGUAGGAGCCUGCAGCCAUGAGGUGGGACGCCGGCCUCGGGGUCCUACUACUGAUGCUAGCGGGAGUCUUAUUACUGCGCUGUGCCGAGGCCACGUAUUAUGACAGAAGAAGGACGAGUUACGGAAAUUGGUUCCAGAAGCUGAAACAUGGAUGUGUUUGUAGACGACCAGAUACAAGAGAGUCUUUCGACUGCCUGGGACACAACCAUUUUGUGAUCAAGGCAAAGGUGAUGAAAUCCGCUGAGAGCCGUGACGUCAUCAAGCCCUCGGUUUCGUACAGACCUGCCGCUAAAUACUCCGUACAUAUACAACAUAUAUUCAAAGAUGUGUCUGGAAGUCUUAAGACAGGUGACAAUUACGUGACGGCAAACAGAUCCUCUUUCGUCUGUGAUACUUAUUUAAUUACGGGAGAAGAAUAUUUACUUAAAGGGAAAUAUGUACGUGGUGAGUUGCGGCUCGGGAACAUGUGUGAGUAUGGCGGUCAGUGGGACAGUAUACCAAGGUCAAGGACGAACUAUCUCAUGUCACGGGGCACUUGUUCUUUAGCCGACAGACUGCAGCUGCCACCUGGUGGCGAGCUUAAAUCUAAAAACGAAACAAAAUUGGAUUCACACAAGAAAGUACCAAAUUCAGCAAACAAGAUGAAACCUAAAAAUGAACUAAAAUUGGACUCAUCCAAGAAAUCCCCUAGUUUAGCAAGCGAGUUGAAAUCUAAAAACGAAAGAAAAUUGGAACCACCCAAGAAAGCUCCAAGUUUACUGAGCGAAUUUAAAUCUAAAAACGUAACAAAACUGGUAUCAUCCGAGAUUGUUCCAAAGAAGACGUUGGGAUAUAUCAGGUUCGAGAAGCUGAAACAUGGAUGUGUUUGUAGACGACCUGACACAAGAAAAUCAUUCGACUGCCUUGGAAACAACCAUUUUGUGAUCAAGGCAAAGGUGAUGAAAUCCGCUGAGAGCCAUGACGUCAUCCAGCCCUCGGUUUCGUACCGACCUGCCGCUAAAUACGCUGUACAUAUACAACAUAUAUUUAAAGAUGUGUCUGGAAGUCUUAAGACAGGUGACAAUUACGUGACGGCAAACAGAUCCUCUUUCGUCUGUGAUACUUAUUUAAUUACAGGAGAAGAUUAUUUACUUAAAGGGCAAUAUGUGCAUGGUGAGUUGCGGCUCGGGAACAUGUGUGAGUAUGGCGGUCAGUGGGACAGGAUACCAAGGUCAAGGACGAACUAUCUCAUGUCACGGGGCAGUUGUUCCUUAGCCGACAGACUGCAGCUGCCAUCUGGUGGCGAGUUGAAACCUAAAAACGAAAGAAAAUUGGCCUCACCCAAGAAAGCCCCAAGUUUAGCAAGCGAGUUGAAACCUAAAAACGAAAGAAAAUUGGCCUCACCCAAGAAAGCCCCAAGUUUAGCAGGCGAGUUGAAACCUAAAAACGAAAGAAAAUUGGCCUCACCCAAGAAAGCCCCAAGUUUAGCAAGCGAGUUGAAACCUAAAAACGAAAGAAAAUUGGCCUCACCCAAGAAAGCCCCAAGUUUAGCAAGCGAGUUGAAACCUAAAAACGAAAGAAAACUGGAACCACCCAAGAAAGCUCCAAGUUUACCGAGCGAGUUUAAAUCUAAGAACGAAACAAAACUGGGAUCAUCCGAGAUGGCUCCUAAGAAGACGUUGGGAGAUAUCAGGUUCCAGAAGCUGAAACAUGGAUGUGUUUGUAGACGACCAGAUAUAAGAAAAUCGUUUGACUGCCUUGAAAACAAUCAUUUUGUGAUCAAGGCAAAGGUGAUGAAAUCCGCUGAGAGCCGUGACGUCAUCCAGCCCUCGGUUUCGUACCGACCUGCCGCUAAAUACGCUGUACAUAUACAACAUAUAUUUAAAGAUGUGUCUGGAAGUCUUAAGAAAGGUGACAAUUACGUGACGACAAACAGAUCCUCUUUCGUCUGUGAUACUUAUUUGAUUACGGGAGAAGAGUUUUUACUUAAAGGGAAAUAUGUGCGUGGUGAGUUGCGGCUCGGGAACAUGUGUGAGUAUGGCGGUCAGUGGGACAAGAUACCAAGGUCAAGGACGAACUAUCUCAUGUCACGGGGCAGUUGUUCCUUAGCCGACAGACUGCAGCUGCCAUCUGGUGGCCAGUUUAAAUCUAAAAACGAAACAAAAUUGGACUCACCCAAGAUUGCUCCAAGUUCAGCAAGCGAGUUGAAAUCUAAAAACGAAAGAAAACUGGAACCACUCAAGACAGCACCAAGUUUAGCAAGGAAGUUGAAAACUACACACGAAACAAAUCUGGUAUCAUCCAAGAAAGCUCCAAGUUUAGCAAGCGAGUUGAAAUCUAAAAACGAAACAAAAUUGGUAUCAUCCAAGAAGGCUCAUGAGGAGACGUUGGGAGAGAAAGGGUUCGAGAAGCUAAAACAUGGAUGUGUUUGUAGACGACCAGACACAAGAGAAUCUUUCGACUGCCUUGGACACAAUCACUUUGUGAUCAAGGCAAAGGUGAUGAAAGCCGCUGAGAGCCGUGACGUCAUCCAGCCCUCGGUUUCGUACCGACCUGCAGCUAAAUACCCUGUACAUAUACAACAUAUAUUUAAGGAUGUGUCUGGAAGUCUUGAGGCAGGUGACAAUUACGUGACGGCAAACAGAUCCUCUUUCGUCUGUGAUACUUAUUUAAUUACUGGAGAAGAAUAUUUACUAAAAGGAAAAUAUGUACGUGGUGAGUUGCGGCUCGGGAACAUGUGUGAGUAUGGCGGUCAGUGGGACAGGAUACCAAGGUCAAGGACGAACUAUCUCAUGUCACGGGGCACUUGUUCUUUAGCCGACAGACUGCAGAUUCCAUCUGGUGGCGAGCUUAAAUCUAAUAAUGAAAGAAAAUUGGAAUCACCCAAGAUCGCUCCAAGUUCAGCAAGCGAGUUGAAAUCUAAAAACGAAACAAAAUUGGAAGUACCCAAGAAAGCACCAAGUUUAGCAAGCAAGUUGAAAACUACACACGAAACAAAACUGGUGCCAUCCAAGAAAGCUCCAAGUUCACUUAACAAGUUGAAAUCUAAGAACGAAACAAAAUUGGAACCACGGGAGAAAUAUCCCAGUUUAGUAAGGGAGUUUAAAUCUAAAAUCGAAACAAAACUGGUAUCAUCCGAGAUGGUUCCAAGUUUAGCAAAGGAGUUGAAACUUAAAAACGGAAUAAAAUUGGAUUCACCCAAGAGCGCUCCAAGUUUAGCAAGCGAGUUGAAAUCUAAAAAUGAAACAAAACUGGUAUCAUCCAAGAAGGCUCAUAAGGAGACGUUGGGAGAGAAAGGGUUCGAGAAGCUAAAACAUGGAUGUGUUUGUAGACGACCAGACACAAGAGAGUCUUUCGACUGCCUUGGAAACAACCACUUUGUGAUCAAGGCAAAGGUGAUGAAAUCCGCUCAGAGCCGUGACGUCAUCCAGCCCUCGGUUUCGUACCGACCUGCCGCUAAAUACCCUGUACAUAUACAACAUAUAUUUAAAGAUGUGUCUGGAAAUCUUGAAACUGGUGACAAUUACGUGACGGCAAACAGAUCCUCUGUCGUCUGUGAUACUUAUUUAAUUACUGGAGAAGAAUAUUUACUAAAAGGGAAAUAUGUGCGUGGUGAGUUGCGGCUCGGGAACAUGUGUGAGUAUGGCGGUCAGUGGGACAGGAUACCAAGGUCAAGGACGAACUAUCUCAUGUCACGGGGCACUUGUUCCUUAGCCGGCAGACUGCAGCUGCCAUCUGGUGGGGAGUUUAACUCUAAAAACGAAACAAAAUUGGAAUUACCCAUGAAAGCACCAAGUUCAGUAAGCAAGUUGAAAGCUAAAAACGAAAUAAAAUUGGAACCAGCUAAGAAAGCUCCAAGUUUAGUUAGCGGAUUUGUAUCUAAAAAUGAAACAAAAGUGACAUCAUCCAAGAUGGCUCCUAAUAAGACGUUAGGAGAGAAAGGGUUCCAGAAGCUGAAACAUGGAUGUGUUUGUAGACGACCAGACACAAAAGAGUCAUUCGACUGCCUUGGAGACAGCCAUUUUGUGAUCAAGGCAAAGGUGAUGAAAUCCGCUGAGAGCCGUGACGUUAUCCAGCCCUCGGUUUCGUACCGACCUGCCGCUAUAUACCCUGUACAUAUAGAACAUAUAUUUAAAGAUGUGUCUGGCAGUCUUAAGACAGGUGACAAUUACGUGACGGCAAACAGAUCCUCUUUCGUCUGUGAUACUUAUUUGAUUACUGGAGAAGAAUAUUUACUAAAAGGGAAAUUUGUGCGUGGUGAGUUGCGGCUCGGGAACAUGUGUGAGUAUGGCGGUCAGUGGGACAGGAUACCAAGGUCAAGGACGAACUAUCUCAUGUCACGGAGCACCUGUUCCUUAGCCGACAGACGGCAGCUGCAAUCUGGUGGCGAGUUUAAAUCUAAAAAAGAAACAAAAUUGGACUCAGCCAAGAAAGUUUCAAGUUCAGCAAGCGAGUUGAAAUCUAAAAAAGAAACAAAAUUGGUCUCACCCAAGAAAGCACCAAGCUCAGCAAGCGAGUUGAAAUCUAAAAACGAAAGAAAUUUGGAACCACCCAAGAAAGUUCCAAGUUUACUUGGCGAGUUUAAAUCUAAAAACGAAACAAAACUGGUAUCAUCCAACAUGGCUCCUAAGAAAACGUCGGGAGAUAUCAGGUUCCAAAAGCUAAAACACGGAUGUGUUUGUAGACGACCAGACACAAGAGAGUCUUUUGACUGCCUUGGAGACAACCAUUUUGGUGAGUAUACACUUAAUAUGAAAAAGGCCAAAAAUUGA